AUGCCACCGAUAACGACGCCCGGCUCACCCUCAGUAGAGUCUCGGCAUGCUCUCUUGUUCUCUGCGGACGAGUUUGUGGGCUCAGAGCCAGCCUCGACGGGUGCAGAAGCCAACAAAGAGGAGACUCCGCCUGCAGAACGCCAAUCGAUGUAUGUAAAGCUUUUUGCUGAGAUGCUUGAGACUGUCGUUCGGGGAGAAUGUCAUCUCUUUACUGCUGCCGAGAUCAGGUGUCUGAAGAUGUUUCAGGCUCUCAAUGACCAGCAGAAAUUCCUUCUUAUCCGCCUCGCCCUUCGCAAACCCGAGAAAUGGUACCGCCUUGAUAACCUCAAAUACGAGCGAGAUCUUGGCUCCGAGAUCAAGUCGACGUUAUUAAGUCUUUGCCGGUCCAAAGAGUCGCCACGCUCACCCACACCCCCUUCGACUUCAAAGCCUGCACCCGUAGCUGACAUUAUCGACUUGACUCUAUCCGACGAAGAGGACAAUAACGUGAAAACAGAACCUCAGGAAGUCCCGUUAUUACAGCCACAGCAGCGAGGAAAUACGUCGUCGGUCAAGCUCGAAGAUGUGGAACCCAUCGUCGAUACACAAGUUGCACCAGCCUUUUUUGACGAUGUGCAGCCAUCUCAACCAACUCCGGAAGAAGCUGCGAGCGAAGCCAAUGUUGAUUUGACGUGGUUCGCUGAGGAUGAUACCUUCAUGACCUUGACCGAGUUGCUCGAGUGCCUCAAGGUGCCUGAGUUGUGGAAACUUGCUAGGGAGAGAAAGCUCCCUUGUCGAAAGAAGCACGCUUCUCUCGUCACCGCUCUCGUGGAAUCCUGUUCAACACAACAAACUCUCAACUUCGUUUCUUCCAAGUCUCGCACGAGUGGUGCAUCUUCUAAAGAUAGAAAGAAAGCUGUUCAUCUGGGCCUUUCCUCUCAAGAGCAAACACUCCGAGCCAUCGUAAAGAGAAAACUGGAAGCAUGCAUUCGGCUUAACUCGGAUGUCCUCGCCCUCUUCAACCGCAUCAAUCUAAUCUAUUUCCGCUUAACCCAGAAUGCCACGGGAAUGCUCACCGACGCGAUCCUAACCGCCUUCAAGAAAAGGGUUUACGUGUCCUACAAGCAUCAACGCACCACGGGAAUCUGGUCCUCUCGUUCAGCCCUCUUAUCUUACCAGAAGGCGCUUGAGAUAGAGUUCGAGAUAGAUUCUCUGCUCGAUGGAACAGGUGGCGAAGGUGCGAUCAACGCGACGGGAAGGUCAAGUUCCGUUACGCAGAUACCUACACCUGUAAAAUGCAAGAAAAGUGGUGAUAGGGAUGAGGUAGCUGCAAAGGGUAAGGGCAAGGAGGAGGCAGUGGAGGAUGAGCCAGAGAAAGAGAGCACGAAGAGCAUGGUUUCGAAAGCUGUGGUCGAUAUUUUCGAAGAGAUGGUUUGGGAGAGAUGGACGGCUUUGUUGGCCGUCAAGAAUGAGGCGCCCGAGCGAGCUCUUAGUCUUGUGCGAUUUGAAGAGGGCCACAUCUUCGCUCGCAUCGCAUUCAAGGCUGUAGAGGCGUAUCACUCAUUGAAGAAUUACGCACGCGAGCUCGAAAUCUUGGACUCGCUCCUCUCUCAGCGCCGGUGGCGUCGCGGUCGUAGAGGACAGUGGCACGAGCAGAAAGCUCUCACGCUGACGAAGAUCUAUCCCAAAGGCGACAAGAAGAGAAGCCUGGCGUAUGAAGCUGUCUUCUGGGCGCUAGCUGAAGAUGAGGAUGUCCAUCUGAUCUAUCGACCAAAGCUCGAACGCCGCCUCACUACACUCGAGAAAGAUCUCUCGAUACCCGAGGAAGACCGACACAUAUGCGUGGGGAAGCUCAACGAACCCGACAAAGUCUGUAUCGAGGGCCAACGCGUACAUCCAGAACCGUUGGUGCUCGAUGCAUUUGGCAAACCCAUCAAGAAGAGCGAUAGACCUGCCAGCCCGGUCAAACCUAUCUCGGCGUACUACGUGAAGAAGGAGAAAGUAGUAACGAAGGGUGAGAAUGCCGAGCAGGAUAAGGAGAAGGCGAAGGUAGCGUCCGUGUUCAAGAAGAAGGGAAAGACUGUAUGGGUAGGGCGCGAUGGAGAAGAGGUCAACGUCGAGACGCUGGCUCUGCAACACUAUGAAGCCCAAGGCUACAAGGGUUUGCACUGUGAAGGCAGCAUCAUAGCCACCCUCUUCGGUCUUCUCAUGUGGGACAUAAUCUUCGCCCCCAUUCCAGGCGCCUUCGAAACUCCUUACCAAGGCGCCCCACUCGACCUCGUCGACGACACUUUCUAUUUCUCUCGAAAGGAGAUGAUCGAGGCCCGUCUGGCUGAUAUUUCUGCGGGGAAAGCACCGGAGAUCAUCAUGAAGACAGAUACGGCGUUUAGGGAGACAAAGACAUGGUGUGUGGGCGUUAAUUGGGACAGGUUCGAGAGAAGGGAAUUGUUGGAGAUCGUAAAUUGCUUUAAUGGGAAGGCCCUUGCCGCUGUCUGCCAGCUCUUCUGUGAAGACUAUGCGAAGCGUCGUGCAGGCAUGCCCGAUCUCUUGCUCUGGGACGUUAAGGAGCCGCGCACGUGCAAGUUUGUCGAGGUUAAGAGUCCCAACGAUGUACUCCGCGAGCACCAGAAAGUAUGGAUCGACGUUCUCAGCCGUAUAGGCAUGAACAUCGAAGUCUGUCACGUCUCCGAAAAGGGCCAAGCACCCGCAACCCGAGGGACCAAACGUGGACGCAAGUCCAAUGCUCAGAACCUUUCGCAGGCACCACCUACGAAGAAGACGAAGACUGAUAACGACACCGCCCCCGCUUUGACGAGAAUGAAGUCGAAGUCGAAGACGAAGGUCGAGGUGGAGUCAGAGGCCGAAGGUUCGAACGGUACUGAACCAGAAUCUGAAGAUGAGGAGGACCAGCUGAGUGCUUCGCAAUACCUUGAUACUGGAUUGCAGCAGAAGCAGAGAAGUGUUCCGCCGGUGGGACACCCUCGGCUGCCCAUCGCGGAGGAGAGCCAGUCAGCUGAAGCAGCUCGAGCAACAUCAACCGCCUCUAUCUCCGUUCCAGUACCCGCUCGUCCUCCAUCUCCCGUUCCUCUCGCGCCGGUCUCAGCAUCUGUUUCUGUGGUAAUACCCCCAAGACGGCCGCCAGGUCGUCCGAGGGGAUCUGGCAAGAAGCGAGCGCAGCCAGCUGAGGAGAGCGACGAUGAUUAUGUGCCACCGAAAAUGGUGCAGACCGGGAGUUUGAACGUCCAAGGGACGAAGAGGACAAGAAGGCCGACGUCGCGACUCACAGACGGAGCGUCGUGAGGGUGAGGUCGGGGUUCAUACAGGACAUCCCGUUCUUCGUCUUGCUUCUGGUUUCUGGGUUUGCUUGUGUUAAUAUGUGGUGGCGGGCUGAUGAGGGUAGUCCGACGGAAUCUCAUACUAUUCUACCUCACUGCACUACGGUCUUUAUGUCUUAUUCGUGAUUUAUGUUUCUUAUGUUCGACGUAUGGAUGUGACUGACUUUCUCGGACCCUCUUUCGCUGUAUGUAAAAGUACUCACCCAGUGUCUGUUGUAUGCACCUUACCUAUGAGGACAUGUGAGUUGCUGAUAC